AUGGUCUUCACGGAAAUUGUUGGCACCUUGUCUUUUCUUCAACCACAGGCUGAUGACGACAUCUUCGAUCGCCUACAUUACUACUACACAACCACAUUUCUACUUCUUACGGCGGUAAGAAUAAUUUCUCUUAACACUUCUUGGUUAUGA